AUGAGCAAACUGGUUUUGUUGAAAAAGAAUGUCCUUGAUUCUCUAAAACUGGACAAGGCAAAGAAGAAGAUAAGGAGAAAUUGGUGUACCGAUGGCGGUGACGAAGAAAAUGACAGGAGAAGUGGAGUAGGUCGUGGGAGAAGAGAGGCUGAGGCUGGGCUUGUUCGUCACAGACAGAGACAGUCAGGUGAGGUUAGGGUGAUACGUUUAAGCAGCUUGCUGCCAUUGGACACUGAGAAAUAA